UCGACCCUCAAACUCAGACUCAUAGAGAGCAGCACUCCCAGAGGCUAACAUAAAACCAUCCCCCCCACCCCCAGAAGCGACACCCUAUCUUCCCCCAUCUCACUCCACUGCGAAUGCAUUCCCUAUACGCCCUCUUCAAACGAAAAACCUCAAAUCAAUAAAAAGAAUGUGUUACUACCAACCCAACCAACCGCACUGCACCUGCGACUUCCUUCAACUAAUCCAGCCAUGCAUCAAAGCCCAAUACUACCCUUCGCCAAAUAACAACCCACAGCCCGUGAUCGUCGCCUGCUGUAACCGAUUCAUUCUGACUGAUAUUGCCCCUCGGUACUGCCAACUGUGCAGAAGCCGCCUGCCACGACUUGGGCAGAUGAGUCAGGCAGAAAAUCAAGACAUGUCUCAUUUGGAGAUAGGAAAUGGGCUCCCGGGCGUGUGCAACACAACUGUCGUUGUUUUACCGCCGUUUUCUUCGUUUGCAAAUGCUCCCUCUUCUUUGCGCAUGCAUAGCCCCAUCGAGGGGUUUCAGCGGUCAGAUCCCAGCAUGUCUAGUGAGAAUUUGGCCGUGCGUGAUCGUAUACCAGCAUCUGGUCUUCCGUCAUUGUUGCCAGCGCCGUCGAGGAGUUUGCUUGAUGUGGAGCCGUCGCAGGUGGUUAGGAUGCAGGACGUGGGUGCUAAGCGGCAUUUGAACGAGGUGAUAAGGCAGGAUAAGUGAAUGGGGUGAGGUUUUGAGUAGGUUGUAGAUCAGGGCUACCGAGAGCAUGUGGAUAGUUGAGUUGAGCUUCAAGGGUUGCCUUAAUCGAGCAAUAGAAUGGUCGAAUGAUAUAUUAUGGGAGGGUCCAGAGGCGAUGGACAUUAGACUGAGGCCAUGAUGGAAAGAAUCCUCUCUAUAUGUUCGAGAAUCCAAGUUUACUAUACAUGUAGGUAGAUCAUUUUAUCCGAUCACGGCGCUAUGAGUUAUAGAUUCGGGUG